AUGGAUAUUAAUCCUUAUCGUUUCCGUGUGCCCAAACCAAACUACUUGCCUCACAAGCUGGAUGUUGAUAACGACGAUGUCGUUGUGGAGGAGUACAACAACAGCCCGCUCGGGCUUGCGAGCGAGAUGGAUAAUGCCAAAUUCUACAACAAGUGCAAACGUCUUGCUGAAGAAUCCGGCAUAACUCGCCCCAAAGGGUAUAAUGUCUCAUUUCACUGCAAUCCGGAUAUGGAGAAACACCACUUUGGCAUGACACAUCCUAUGAAACCGUGGCGCCUCACUCUUUCCAAAAGUCUUAUCUACUCAUACGGCAUGUCUUUUGCAAUGGACAACUACAUCUCCCGCGCGGCCACUUACGAAGAGUUGGCAUCAUUUCAUUCUACCGACUAUCUAGACUUUCUUGGCACCGUCCUCCCUGAGCCUGUUCCCCGGGACCUGGAGAACUCCAACCCGGAUCUGAAGUUCAACCUCGGUGGCUCCGACUGUCCACUAUUUGAUGGCCUGUACGACUACUGCUCCAUGUCAGCCGGCGGUGCGCUGGACGCGGCCCGCAAGAUCACGUCUAAACAGUCGGACAUUGCUAUAGCUUGGGGGGGCGGCCUCCACCACGCCAAGAAGGCAGAGGCAUCUGGGUUCUGCUACAUCAACGACAUUGUUGUUGCUAUCCUGGAACUCUUACGUUUUUACCCACGCGUUCUCUACAUCGAUAUCGAUGUGCAUCAUGGUGAUGGCGUUGAGGAAGCCUUCUUCUCUACGGAUCGUGUUAUGACUGUAUCGUUUCAUAAGUACGAUCCAAACAACUUCUUCCCAGGCACCGGAGCCUUGGAUGACAAUGGACCGAAAAACGAGCAUAACCCUGGAGCCCAUCAUGCUGUGAACGUACCACUAAACGACGGCAUCACUGAUGAGCAGUACGACAUGUUGUUUGACUCUAUUAUUGGCAAAAUUGUCGAGAAAUUCCGUCCGAGUGCCAUUGCCCUGCAAUGCGGUGCUGAUUCUCUCGCUGGGGAUAGGCUUGGCCGUUUUAACCUCCAGGUGCAGGGUCAUGGCGCAUGUGUUGAGUUUUGCAAGAAAGUAGGACUUCCCCUUAUUCUCUUUGGUGGUGGUGGCUAUACACCUCGCAACGUUGCUCGCGCCUGGACCUAUGAAACUAGCAUUGCGAUAGGGUGUCAGGACAAUAUCAACCCGCUGCUUCCCCAGCACACCCCUUGGCGCGAGCAAUUCAGACAGGACACUCUUUUCCCUACACUGGAGCAGAUAUUGGGCGAGCCACGACAAAAUCGUAAUCCUCAGAAGCGCCUACAGGAGAUUGUGCAGCAUAUUUCUGAACAACUUCGAUUUGUCCAGGCUGCCCCAAGUGUUCAAAUGCAGGCCAUCCCCCCCGACCUAGGUGCUAUUAGACACGAAGUUGAGGAGAGACUAAAAGAAGAGAAUGAGGAACGGAAUGACGAAAUACGCAGGGUCAGAGAGGCAGCAGUAGGGACGCCGAUGGAGAUGUGA